AUGGUUCGUCGAAUUGAUGACGCCAUAAGGGCGCGUCGCAUCGACGACGGGGAUAUGCAAGUUGCAUUUGCCCAGUCAAAUCUGGCAGGACGUGCCAAGACUUGGGCACUGGGGCUCAAGCUGCACGACCCAUAUGCGUUUGGGUCGUUGGAAGUCUUCAAGUCGCGGCUCAGACAAACGUUUGAACCGCCUAGAGCUGAGUUCAGAGCUCGAACCGAACUCUUGAAGCUCAAGCAGGGUAAGCGUGAUGUGCACGCUUACGCUCAACAUAUACGACAUCUCACGAGUUGUAUAAGUUCCAAUCCGGUGGAUGAACACACGUUGGUUUCGGUGUUCAUGCAGGGUCUUGCGGAUGGUCCCGUCAAGACUCACCUGUUCCGGCUUGAACUAGAUUCACUAGAACAAGCCAUUUCAAUUGCGGAGCAGGAAGACUUCAGUCUGAGACAGGCUCGCGCCAGUUCGACAUCAUAUCGUCAACCGAGACGAUAUGACAACGGAGGUCCAGAGCCGAUGGAACUCUGUUAUGCAGAGAGCGAGAAGGCUCGCUCUACAGGCUACAAGAAGUUGCAGAGAUGCAACAGAUGUCAAAAGACAGGACACUACGCUUACGAGUGUAGUGCUCCUCGUCCAGUGUCUCGCGACACUGGGCGUAGUGACCGUCCACCCAUGAGAAAGGGGCAGGGACGAGGGUCCGCAGUUGGUGCAAAGACGCAACAACGGGAUGGACCGUCAAAAAACGGACAGGAUCAGUAG